UACACUCCAACUUAACUUGACGCAAUCGCACAAAGGAGCACUACCACAGUCGGAGCUCAUCGGCCAUGGCGGAGAAACCCCAACCGGUCCAGGUCCUAUACUGCGGCGUCUGCGGUUUGCCCGCCGAGUACUGCGAAUUCGGCCCCGAGUUCGACAAGUGCAAACCCUGGUUGAUCAAGAAUGCUCCCGAUCUUUACCCAGAUCUCCUCCAAGAGGCUGGCGCGAAGGACGCCGAUGGUGUAUCUGAGAAGCUCCAGUCCACUUCAAUUUCGUCCGAUGCAAGUGCAUCAAAGCCCAAGGAAGAAGUGAAGCGCCUGCCAGGUGGGAAGAUUAAAAAGAAGGAAAAACAAGAAGUUAUUAUUGAAAAGAUGAUUCGCAACAAGAGGAAAUGUAUAACUACAGUUAAAGGCCUGGACCUUUUUGGGGUUAAAUUAAGUGAUGCAUCGAAAAAGCUUGGCAAAAAAUUUGCCACUGGAGCUUCUGUUGUUAAGGGCCCCACCGAGAAGGAGCAAAUUGAUGUUCAAGGAGACAUUGCCUAUGACAUAGUCGAGUUCAUCACCGAUACCUGGCCAGAUAUCCAAGAGACGGCAAUUUUCUUUAUCGAGGAUGGGAAGAAAGUUCCUGCUGCGUAAACACCUAAUGUAGACAUCAUCAUCCACGAAAAGACAACAAGGGAGAUGUUCGAUGCUGAGGUAUUCCAUCAAUUUUUAUUUAUUUAUCCUUUUCUUCGAUUGCUGUAGGAUGUGCUUCGACAGCUUCAUACUUUGUGUAUGCAUGAAAAAUAUAUGCCGUCGUCUUGGUAGUUUAGCCGAAGGUUUUUCGUGUGUAUGUAUAUGCUUUUGAUUCUGCCAAAAUUUAGAGCCUAAAAGAGCUUUUUAUUGGGUAUUUUUAUACCUUAAAUUUCA